CUCAGUGUGAGCCAGCUGACCAGACCAGGCUGGAGUUGAGUCUCCAGCACACUCCACAGUCUCUCUGCAGCUUCGUGAACUUUAGGAAUCAUGGGAAUUUGGAGGUUUUGGAGGAUUUGGAUUUGGAGAUGCUCUCUGCUGUUGGCCUGCGAAGUUCUGGUGGUUUUCUGCACCACAGCCAAGUACAGCACGUUUGAGGAGGAUGCUCCAGGCACAGAGAUUGGGAAUCUCUCACAAGACCUGAAGCUGGACCCUGGAGAAGAUCCGGAGACGACGUUCCGGUUUAUGCAGAAAACCAACGGUUCUGUAAUCGAAAUGAGGCCGACGGACGGGCUGCUGACGGUGGGGGAGGUCAUAGAUAGAGAGCGGUUGUGCCUCAGAACCUCGCCUUGCCUCAUUUCCUUCGACGUUGUGGCUUUCUCCAAGGAGAAGUUUCAGCUUGUUCACGUGGAGAUCGAGGUGAAGGAUGUUAACGAUUACGCUCCUCGAUUUCCUCGCAACGAGACGCAUGUGGAAGUCUUGGAAAGUGCAGCGUUGGGUACAAGAAUCCUGCUGGACGUGGCUGUGGACCAGGAUGUUGGGGAAAACUACAUUCAGAGCUACCACAUCUCACACUCCAGUCACUUCAUUGUUGAAACAAGUACUAGAGAAGAUGGUGUGAGGUACGCUGAGCUGGUGCUGGUGAAGAAGCUGGAUCGUGAGCUGGAUGAUAGCUAUAUCUUAGACGUUACAGCUGUGGAUGGUGGAACACCAAACAAGUUGGGUUCCAUGAUCAUUUACGUUAAAGUGUUUGACUGCAACGACAACAGCCCGACGUUUGAGCACAGCUCUCUGAAAGUGGAGUUGAGUGAGGAUUCUGCGGUUGGUGUCCGAGUCCUUAAAGUCCACGCCUUCGAUCCGGAUGAUGGCUUGAAUGGUCAGGUGGUCUACAGGUUUGCAAGCGGUCCUGCUUCAGAGGCAUCGAGGAUUUUCCACAUUGACUCUGCCUCAGGUGAGGUGACUCUUAAGGAAAACGUGGACUAUGAAAAGCGUAGAUCCUACGAGCUUCAAAUCGAGGCUUCAGACCUCGGCGAAAACUCAGCUUCAUCCACCUGUAGGGUGGUGAUAGAUGUUGUAGACAUUAACGACAACGCUCCAGAGAUUUCUAUUAAGCCCAUGACCUCCACAAGCGAUGGCGUGGCCUACAUCACAGAGGCAGCAGCUCAGGAAAGCUUUGUGGCUCUCAUCAGCACCACGGAUCUUGACUCGGGAUCUAACGGCUACGUCCGCACCAGCUUGCAAGGUCACCAGCACUUUAGGCUUCAGCAGGCUUAUGGAGACACUUUCAUGAUCGUGACCACUGCAGCCUUGGACAGGGAGCAGAACUCAGAAUACAAUCUUACGAUAGUUGCUGAGGACUUGGGUUCACCGCCCUUUAAAACGGUUAAACAUUACACCAUUCGGAUAAGCGAUGAAAAUGACAACGCUCCUCAAUUUAGUCAGGCAGUUUAUGAGGUUUCAGUCCUGGAAAACAACAUCCCUGGGUCAUUUCUGGCGGCAGUGUUGGCACUUGAUUUGGACGUUGGGAAAAACGCAAAAGUAGAGUACAGUCUUGUUGAUGGACAGACCAUUAAUGACUCGCCUUUGUCAACUUUUGUCUCGAUAGACCCACUUUCAGGGUCUUUGUACAGCUUGAGAUCCUUCGAUUUUGAAUCUCUCAACAAGAUCCAGUUCUCAGUUCAAGCUAAAGACAGAGGUUCUCCAUCUUUGUCCAGCUCAGCUUUGGUCCGAGUCAAAGUGGUGGAUGAAAAUGAUAACUUCCCUUACUUUACCUACCCGGAGUUCAAAAAUGAGUCAGCUGAUGUCCCUCUACCAUGCUCUGCUCCUACUGGGUUCCUUGCCCUGAGGGUCGCCGCCACAGAUGAGGACGACGGCGCCAAUGGUGAGGUCAGUUUCCGCAUCAUAGACAUAGAAGGUGGUGAUAAGAAAUUUUUCUCAAUUGACAAAAAGACCGGAGCGAUUGUUCUUAAACAGAAGGUCACGUCAGCCUGUGGCGAUAUGCUACAAAUCAAAGUUUCAGUAUCUGAUAAUGGAAAAGCUUCUCUCUCCAGCGUCGCCACCAUCAGAUUCAUUAUCACAGAUACAGACUCCUCAGAAGACCAGAUGCUCGUCUUGCUAAAAUCGAAAGAUGAGGAUCUUCUGGAUUUUAAUGCAUGGACCGUGGUAUUCCUCACCCUUGCUGGAGGUUGUGCUCUGCUGCUGGUAGCGUUCGCGGUCGUUACAGUAGUUAGUAAACUGUGCCGGAGGAAAGAUCACCGGAGAAGAGCCGCCUGUGGCCUGUACGGAUCGACCCCCUUUUCCAUAAACUCUGCAGCGAAUGCAGGAGCGUACAGCGGAACAAGAGUUUUCCUCAACAACGAGCGAGACCUGGCACGGGAAUGCCUUUAUGAGGACAAGACCAUGGGCUCUGAGGAGAAGCUCUUCCUGCCCUGCAAACCUUUUGAGCAGACAAAUCUAUGGCAAGAUGAGAAGUACUGUCUGCAGAAGAGUGUCACCAGCAACACCGACCAGCUGAGCAUGAAGGACAGCGGCAAAGGGGACAGCGAUUUCAACGACAGUGAUUCAGACGUCAGCGGAGAGGGGCUUAGAAGAAACCUGACCACUUUCCAGCCGUGGGCUAAAGGUUCCUUUGUGGCGCAGGAUUCCCUGGUGGCCGACUGGCAGGGGAGAUACGGGGGUUCAUCUUCUGGGGACGUCUACACAAUAGGCUUCUCCCAGUCGCUGCUUCAUAAUAGCACUCAUGCUAAUCCCCAUUCCUGGAAAGAAGCCUGCUACGGCGCUAACACGCUAAACGCUAGGAACUCGGCCGUGCCGUAUUUGAGAACGGAAACUUUGCCAUCUUAUUCGGCUCAUCAGGCGGCGGCUGCUGCCGUCAACCAUCGUCUCGAACCCGGUCCAGAUGAAUUAGCCGUCUCAGCCGGGUCAGAAAUAGCGACCACUUUUUAAUUAAGAGUGAAGGUUAGCCUUAUUUAACAUGAAGCAAAAAUGAGGUUUUUAAUAGGAAAGCACAUAACCCACUAAUCUGUGUAGAUCUCAGGUAACUGAAGGAUCUUCUGCAAUGUUCCUUCUGGAAACACUACUUAAUCUUGUAAUAGAUCUUCUGAGCAGCUGACUUACACACUUAUACACGAUUUUGUGCUGUAGUUCUACAAACUUUUGGAUCACAUUAUUUAUACAGGAGUUUUUACCACCACAAACGUAUUUAUUUCAUUGCAAUUACAGUUGCAGUUCUUUGAUUCUUUGCAAAAUAAUCUAACCUAUUCCAUUGUAGCUCUGAGCUGUAUGUUUAGGGUCAUCGUCUUGCUGGAAGGCCCCAGUCUUUUGCAGACUCCAGCAGUUUUGCCCUGUAUUUGGCUCCAUCCAUCUUCCCAUCAACUUUAAAUAAUAAUGCACCACAAUUAAUUUUGUGAUGCCAGCCAUUGUAAUUCCUGUUUUUACACGGCCAUUAUUAUUCGUUUUUUGUAUUUUCUUUGUAGUUCUACCAACUUUAGGAUCAUGUUAUUUAUGUGAAUCAGGAAUGGCCUGAUUUUGUUUAUUGGAGAUGUGAAUAGUUUUGUAUAUUGAGCAUUUUAUAUUUUAUAUAUAUAUUGUAGAUGAUUGCUUUAGUUAUUUUUCUUGUAUGUCUUUUUAUGUAUUUUUAUGUUGUCGUGUUGACUGAAAUGAAGCUGAAAUGUUAAUUUAUACUGUGGUAAAAGCUCAAUAAACAGCUGAACCAGUGCGUUUAA